AUGGCUCCCCCGCGGCAGCGCACGACUGCCAUUCAGGACGACUCUCGCUCCGAAGGCUCCAGCACGACUCGAGAGCAGAAGACGACGACGGCGAAAGGCCGGAAAGGCAACACCUUGUUGGCAGUGGGCACCGCCUCCACUCGCGAGACCAAGACCACCAAUGUCACCAGCGCCCCCGCUGAUGGUGACAAACAGGACAACCAGCCCAAGAUGCAUUGGCCCGAGAUGCCCCUCGAGAUCCUUCAUUCCUACCGACACGCCCACAAACUCUCCUUCCCCAGUGCCUAUAACAGCGAAUACUCCCGCCUCCUACUCUCCAAAGGAAUUGGCCUUCGAUCGCCGACCUCUAUCGCUGCCCGGCGAGCCCAUUCGUCUGAUUCCGACAAAGGGCCCAAAACGAAUGGGUCCACCAAGAAGACUCUGCAGCCCGGCACCAGCGGCCUCAAUGGCACCUCCGCGAAACCCUCGACGAGCCACCGCAUCGACCGAAAGACCGCGCUGAACCAGAUCUGCAGUCAGGAUCGCGUGAGCAAAAACCAGCUCGCGGUGACCGUUCGCAAACACUUCAACAGCGCCGGGCUUGCGGAGCAAGAGGCCAUCGCUCGGUUCCUGUACAAAGUCCGCGAGGAAGGACGAGGCCGACAUUUUCGACUGCGGUUUCAGCCUUGA